AGGAUCACCUUGUCAAACAUAUUCGUAUUCACACUGGGGAAAUGCCCUUUGCAUGUCCCCAUUGCCCACAUCGCUCAGCACAGAAAGGAAACCUAAACAAUCACAUUUUCAAUCAUCAUGGAAAGGGUGGAUCUGGACAGUGAUGCCCCAAGGACUAGCAAGAACGGAACUCCUGCAGGUGGGAGGGGACUUGGAGCCACCAACAGGAUGCACCAGUGUCCAUAUUGUGAAUAUACUACUUACUUCACCACUAACUUGAGAAACCACAUGAGGAGACACACAGGAGAGAAGCCAUACUCUUGCCAAUAUUGUGCCUACAGUGCUAUUACAAAGCAAAGUCUAGAAAGGCAUUUACGCACUCACAACAAAGGUCAAACAUUUGCAUGCCGUUUUUGUCCAUACACAACUGACCAAGAUGUGCUUCUGAAAAGGCAUGUGUCAUGUGUACACUCAGGAGAUAAAUCAUCAACAUGCCCACACUGUUCCUAUCAGGCUGUAGAUAGUGAAGAUUUAAGGAAUCACAUAUUGAUUCACCAUAAUAUUCAAAGUUGAUGCGAUCAUUAGAAGAAUUUUUAGCAAUUUGAUUAGUUUGAUAUAUUUCACGUUGGUAUUUUCUUCAUGACUUUUCUCGUGUGAAGAUUAUAUGUAUCUAUCAAAAGUAGUGGUCAGCGGAGAUUCUACAUUAAUGGAUUAAAAUCUAGAGAUGGUACAGCAAAACUAGCACUAUCAAGAUUCUCAGAACUAACAGCUUGUGUAGAAAGUAUCUCACCAUAAGUGACUUUAGCCCAACAAUCUGUACCUGAAGACAGCAGUGUGUAAGUCUGCAACUCAGGUGGGAUUGAUUUGAACUUAAAUAGAUAGCUUUCAUAGUAACAGAUUGAGAUGUUUUGGUGAAUCUUCCCAGCAAACAGUUCCAUUUAUAUCAUGCAUGAGUGGAAAAUGUGAAUUUUAGACAUGAGGAUGAUGUACGUGCACUAAUGUACGAAUCAUACUGGUAUCUGCAUGUAAUGUUGAUUGGAUUAUAUAAUGGUGUCUCAGGUUGUUCUUGGAUGAAAUUGUCUAUUUAGAGCUUGUAUAUGGACCUGCUGUUAUAGAAUCAGAAUUCCAUUAAAAGUACCUGAAUGAAGUCAAAGUUUUAUUUCUAUUAUGUUUUAUGUAUAACUUUGAUGAAGAAUAGUUGAGGGAUCCCAACACUGUUAUCUAUUUUUUGCAAGUGAAAACAUACUUUCUCUCAAUUUUUUGACCUGGUUUAAAAGAAUAUCAGUGAGGUUAAGAGGAUUUUAAUGAAAAUUUUAAUUGUGUCAUUCUAUAUGUAUAUUGUAUAGAAAACAUAUCAUGUUCUCCAGAUGGGCUUCCUUAUCCCCAGGAGUGCCAGAUUGAUUAAUAUUAUAUCAAGACUAAAAAGGUAGAAGUCAUCAGGAACUGUAUUUCAGUGCAAAAUAGAUGUGAGGAGACUGAAGUUGGAUUGUGUAAAUAGAGUUUCAGUAAAUGUGGAGUUAUGUUCUAACCCUUUUCACUUUUCUUAACGGAUUUGCUUGUUGUUUCAAGACAAGUAGGAAAUAGUAGGAAAUCUGAAUCAUAAAUAAUUUCUUAUUAUCUUGAAUUACAGUUGUAUUCAGAAUCAUAAUGUGUGAGGGACUGUAAUAAGUAAAUAUUCUGAAUUUGGCUCAUAUAUUAGUAUUUUUUCUAGUAAGAUUAGUGGAAUUUAGCAGAAAAUGAAGGAUUACAAAGAUUUAAGACUAAUUUAGAAGGUUUAGAAGUGGAUGCCAGUAUAUUUAUUCUCUCCCUCUCUCCCUCUCUCCUUCUCUUCCCCCCCCCCUCUCCCUGUACCCUUCCUUCCUCCUUCCCUCUCUCCUUUCUCCUUCCCUCCCAUUCCCAUUCCUCCUCCUCUCCCAUCCUUUUCCUCCUUCCACUUUUUCUCCCUCUCCCAUUAUCCCUUAUUGCUACUAUUACAACUACUUCUACUUCUUCAUAUGGUGUAUAAAAGGAAAAUCACCAAAGAUGGUUUACAAAUUAAUGGUUGAAACUUCAUACAUAAAUAUUUCAUUUGUUUGUCCAUCUUCAGUUAUAAGUAAGCUACAUCUUGACAUCAUGAACGACUAUAGGCCUUUGCUGCAACAUUAAUAGUCAUUUGUCAUGUACGAGAUUUAGAUCAUCAACAGGUUGAAUUCUCCUAAAUUCCCUCCUUUAGACAUCUCUGCUUCACAUAUUCAGAAUUCUAAGCAUGACUUACCAAUCACAUUAGCAAUUUAAACAUUUUCACUUAUUUUCAAGUAAAUCAAAUGGAAAUUGAUUCCACAGCAUAUUUCUUUCACAAGAAAAAUAAGUGUUAAGUAAUCAUGUCUCCCUUAUGUGGAUUUUCUAACGCAAGAUAUUAUGCACCUCCUUGAACUAAAUUUAUGAAGUUCUAUAGGAGUUAGUGAUAACAUCAUAGAGGCAACCAAGAGUAACCUUUGCUUUUAGACAGGUGGAAUGAUGUACAUACAGUAGGGUACAUCCUUGUAUUUACUGUACAUUACCUUGAUGAGAAAAUAGAAUACAAGUUUGAUAUUUAAAGUCAUUUGUCCUGAAGAUAUAUAUAUAUAUAUAUUAAAUAUAGAUAUUUAAAUCUCAUGAUUAUGUUUUUCAUUACCCUUGUUUGUUUUGUACAUUACAGAAAACUAUUUUUUUUUACAGAGAAAAUGUCCAUCUAUGCAUGAUAAUGAUAAAGGAAUAUUUGAAUCUGAGAACUUGUAAAUGAAAAUAAAAGAUGGAAAAUUGGCAUUAUGGGACCACACUUAGGUACAGUGUUUCUCUUUCUUCCUAUUUUUCAUCCCUCCCUUUUCUUGUCUCUUGCACUUUUUCUCACACAUCACCCUCUUUUUUUUUUCCUCUCAUUCUAUCUCCCUCUCUUUCCCUCACCUUCUUUAUGAUAAUUUUGAAUUUAAUGAACACAAACUAUCAUUUAUUUUGGUAUGCUUUUAAAAAUAGUUUCCUAUUGUGAAAAUGUUAUAGUAUGAAAGAAAAAGAAAAAGGAAGAGUGUUAUCUGUCAUUUUUUACUCAUAAUUUACAGUGUAUUUAUUUUUUAUCUAAUUUUGAUACACUUAAUAUAUGUAUGAUAUGUUAGUCAUAUAAUGCUGUAAAAGUAAGAUG